CUUUGAUUCGCGGAACUGCGUUCGUGAGCACCCCACGCUGUCGCGGUGCUUGCCGUUUGCUCACACACGAAGCCAGCAACGCUAUCGUGGUGGGAAGCAAGUUGCACCUUCGAUCCGCACACAUACCACACUGCCAACCACGCCACCGAGUACCAGCCACCUUCCACCCCCGACGCACACAUUUACCCCAUUCCCAUGCCAUCCCCAGCGUUGAACAUUUUGAGUUAGACGGCCAGGGGAAGACAAGCACUGAAGCGGACCGUAACCAGAGAGCACUUGCUCUUCCUCAGUUCCUUCUUCCUUGAUCUCUUUUGAAGAGAGAAACACGCAUCUCCGUGUCAGGUUUCGAGGCGCGAAUACGCGGCUUGGAGUUGGUUUGACAAGACAACACACUUGCACAUCAUGAGCUCACAGGCACAUCACGGAGGUGACGCAGCAGCGCAGCGGAAUGACGGCUUCAACCCCAUCCCGUUCAUUGUGCUGGCUGUGAUUGGCCUGGCCGUUCAGUUUGUCGUGCGAUCCAUGCUGAAAAAGGAAGAGCCAGAGGAGGCCGAGCGGCCCGUGCGUAGGUCCUCUUCGCGCUCCCGAUCCAGAUCCACAUCGAAAGCGCGAACGCGCUCCGCGUCACGUACACGCUCUAAGAGCCCACGCACAGCGUCGUCUCUGUCCCGCCGCUCGUCCACGACCAGCCUUGGGUCGGCAGCGAGCGCCAACCCAAUCUCAAUGGGUGAGCGCGGGCGCAGCCGUGCGCGCACUCCGACCGCCAUCGACGACGAGGACGUUGAGUCGAAUGCCGCUUCUGCGUCCAAGAGCGCGCAUGCAUCGCCCCCGCACUCUGAGCGCCGAAUGUCAAGACGUGACAGCGAGAGCAGCCUGCUUGCGGACUCGGAGCAAGGCAGCAUGACAAGCUCGGUGGCCAGCAGCGGCGGGCACAGCGCCACCAGCGGGGCGUCUGCUGGGUCACGCAAGAGCGUUCUCUCGGCCCGCUCCUCGGCGUCAAUUCGCAGCAUGUUGUCGGCACGCAGCUCAAAGAGCGCAGCGAGCGUUGUCAGUCGCAUCUCAGCCCGCAGCACGUCAUCAACGCGCACCAUCCGUGCUGCCGACCAAGACCAGCCCAAGGCGGUUGCACCUUUGUCCUCAUCCGAAGCAACCAGCGUGCCUCCUCAUCGCUCGAAGCCCGUCAACCAAGAGGCACCCACAGCCGCCGCUCAAGCACCGGCGCUUGCACGUGUGACCAAGAUGACCCGGCGCAAUCGCAGCAAAAGCUUCUCUGGGCGCGGUAUUAAGAUCGAGGCCCUGGCCGACCAGGCGCAGGCGCUGGCAAACGCAGGCAACAGCAACAGCAGCAGGCCAUCAAGCAGACAGCAAGCUAGGUCGCCAACCACAAGGCCCAGCGCCGCCAAGAGCACGGCGUCAAAGCCAAGCACGCCAAGUGCAGCGGCAGCCACUCCCCCAGCGGCGAAGGAGACGAAGAAGACAAAGAAGAAGCCGAAGAAGCAGCUCAAGCGCGCCAAGAGCCAGGGUGUUCUUGACACUGGCGCAAUGUCUUCGACAACAGCAGCAGCGGCAGCAGGCGGUUUCGGCGGCGGUGGCCGUGAUGGCGGCUCUUCGUCUGGUCCCAGCGCGUUUUCUUUGUCCAUUGGCAGUGUUGAGAGGCAGCGGCUGAUGCGCGCCAUCACAUCCAUCAGCCCUCGUGACGACGCAACAGAGCUUGUGUCCGUUGGGUUUGCGUCUGGUCAGGAGGCGGAGCUGCCGCUUCGGGAUCCCAGCGAGCGCACGCGCACGCGCCUGGAGAAGGAGUUGGAUGAAAUGGAGCAGGCUGCCAUGUACGCGGGGCUGCCCCACUACACAUGGAAGGUGGAUUUGGGCGACAACGUCGUCGUCGUCAGCGUGCGCUCCGCGUAGGACGCCCUUCCUGUGUUUUUUUUUUUUGUGUGUGUGUGUGUGUGUGUGUGUGUGUGUGUGUGUGUGUGUGU